AUGGCUCUCGUAAAUGGUACUCAGGUUCGCGAGUCUGUUACUCUCCUCUCCAAAUUCCUCGAUGGCCACAAAGACGUCGAGCGAUACAGAGACAAAUACAUUACGGUUGACGGAAGCUCUUUGACUACGGGUGCUAUCGUUGCCGCUGCGCGCUACUCCGCCUCCGCGGAGCUCAAUAACGCCAGUGUCAUAAAGGAACGGGUCGAGAAAAGCCGCCAGGUCAUCGUGGACAAGGUCUUCAGCGGUGCAAGCGUGUACGGUCCCUCGACUGGUUUUGGGGGCAGUGCUGACACUCGUACUGACAAGCCACUCCUCCUAGGCCACGCGCCCCUACAGCAUCAGCACAUCGAUAUCCUACCUACUCUCUAUGGACCUGCUCAACGGUUGCCUCUGCAAGAUACCGCUCAUUCUACGAUCAUGCCGGAAUCUUGGGUCAGCGAUAUUAGUGAGGAUGAACUCGCUCAUUCGUGGGCAUUCUGGAGUGAGGUGAGAACUUAUCGAGAAGAUGGGAGAACUCUUGCGCACCGAUGUGGUACCAGUUAUCCCAUUGCGCGGCAGCAUUUCUGCUUCUGGAGAUCUCUCUCCGCUAUCAUACAUCGCAGGCGCUUUUGUCGGCAGCCCUCCAUCCAGCUUUUCCAUGGCUCCCGGUCGUCCGAGUACCUUGGAAUUCUGAACGGAACGGCGUUCUCUGCUGCCGUUGCUGCGCUCGCUGUCGAUGACGCAGUACAUCUCACUCUGCUGGCGCAGAAAGAGCUCAUUGAGUCCUUUGACUUCUUUGCGAUGCACCCCGAGCAGCAUGCCAAGCUCUCUACCCAACUCUCCCUCAUCGUGGGGAAUGCCUUCGAAAAGACCACCAUUAUGGACAGCGCUGAUCAAAGGCGUCAGAUCGCCGCUUCGACCGUUCUAGCAAUCAUCCAAUUCUUCGAGACGAACGGCGUCCAUGGAGCACCUACGAUUAGCGCUCUCUCCGAGUCCCGAAAGCGCGUCGCAGCAAGGGCUGCAAGCCCCUAUCUCGGCAAAACUCGUGCAGUGUAUGAGUCCGUUAGAAAGGAUCUGGGCAUUAAGAUGCACGGCGCUAAGAAUUACGGCGCAGACGGAAUUAGUGACGAUGUGUCCAUCGUCCAGAAUAUCUCGAAAAUCUAUGAGGCGGACUGA